UUAACCCACCGAGCGAGGCCAGGGAUCGAGCCAGCAAACUCAUGGUUCCUAGUCGGAUUUAUUUCCGCUGCGUCAGGACGGGAACUCCAAGCCUCAGAGGGGACCUGCCACACCCCUUGAGGCACUGUGAGUCAAAUUUUCAUGUAGGUACAGCAUUCUGAUUAUGAAUUAAUUGGACUGAAGUUGAAAGAGUUUAUAAAUAGAUUUUCUCAAAUCUUUUCUUCUGAAAACCUAAUCUUCACAUAGUAUUUACAUUAAAAAAUUUGGCUAUGAGGAGUUCGUGCUGUGGCAUAGCCGGUUGUGUUAAGAACCCAGCUAGUAUCCAUGAGAUGCAGGUUCCAUCCCUGGCCUUGCUCAGUGGGUUAAGGAUCCUGCCUUGCAGCAAGCUGUGGUGUAAAUUGCAGAUGUGUCUCCCAUCCACUGUGGCACUAGCUGUGACUGUGGCUGUGGCCCUAGGCUGGAAACUUCCAUAUGCCACAGGUGUGGCUGUAAAAAGAAAAAUAAAUACAUAAAAUAAAAAUUUGGCUAUGGAUUAGAUUUAUAAAAUUCUCAGAUAUGUGUACUUGAUAUUGAUUCAACAUUCAUAUGAUUUUUAUUGAAAUAUGACAGUGUUUUACCUUAAUAAGAAAAAAACAGGUGGAGAUGAAAAUAGGAAUAAAGAUCCAUUGAACACAAUUUGGAAUAAUGACUUUUGGAAGUCAAAGUUAUAAGUUCAGUUCUUAUGUGUUAUAUUACAAGCAACAAAGGGAAAUGUCCCAAAUAUUAUUCUAAUAUUUAAAGUAUCUGAAAAUGAUGUUAUUGUUCAUACAACAUUGAGGGAAUUUUAAGUGUAUGUCAGAAAAAUUUCUAAAACUUUGAUAUAUAAGUACCUGGUAUGAUAUAUAAUUUUUAAAAACAAACAUCCAAACUAUCCUAGGAUAAGGUGAACUUUAGUGGUCAAAGCACCUUACUUUAAAACUCCAGAGUUUAGUUACAAAUAUUUAAUAAUAGAAAUAUAUGAGCUGAUAACUCAUUUAAAAUAAAAAGAUGUGAGGUUACUACAUGUAUCUUGAUUUCCCCAAAUCUAAUUGUAAUAUCUUUAUGGUUAAAGAAAAAGUUAAAGAAAAACACUACUGUAUCAUGUACUCUCAGUGAGAUUUGGAAUGUCCGUCUUAAAGGACAUAAAAUUGAAAAUGCAUUAAGUAAAUUGCAAAUGAAUGUAGGGACGUCAGUGACUGGACCUAAAAUCUACAUCAUCCAGCCACAUGAUGUCGCUGUAUACCACAAAGUCUUGUCAAUGUUUGCAAUGUACUGAUUAUCAAAAACUAAAGGAGGAAGCUCCAUUUUGUCACCGCCCCAGAGAAGACGAAAACGGUAAGGAGAUAAAUUAUUGAAAAUAUGAAGUAAAAAAAAAAAAAAAGCUAAGAUUUUAAGUAAAGUGAGAGAGAUAGGAAAGGUGUCGUGCAUUUGCGAUGCUGUUUUCCGGGAGAGGUGGCCAGGGAGCCCGGCGCCUGCUGCUCCCGCUUCUGUUUCUCGCAGCCUGGGAGGCCGGAAGCAGCCAGAUCCACUACUCGGUCCCCGAAGAGGCCAAACACGGCACCUUCGUGGGCCGCAUCGCUCAGGACCUGGGGCUGGAGCUGGCGGAGCUGGUGCCGCGCCUGUUCCGGAUGGCGUCCAAAGGCGGCGGGGACCUUCUGGAGGUAAACCUGCAGAAUGGCAUUUUGUUUGUGAAUUCUCGGAUCGACCGGGAGGAGCUGUGUGGUCAGAGCGCAGAAUGUUAUAUCUACCUGGAGGUGAUCGUGGAGCGGCCGCUGCAGGUGUUCCACGUGGAGGUGGAGGUGAAGGACAUUAACGAUAACCCACCGGUUUUUAGAGCCAAAGAACAAAGAUUCUUUAUUCCUGAAUCUAGACUGCUGGAUUCGCAUUUCCCGAUAGAGGGCGCUGCUGAUGCAGACAUUGGGAUCAAUGCUUUUCUAACAUACACCCUCAGCCCCAGUGAUUAUUUCGCUUUAGAUGUACAGGCAAAUGACGAAUUGAGUAAGUCACUUUCUCUUGAAUUGAAGAAGUUUUUGGAUAGAGAAGAAACACCCGAAUUUCGUUUAUUAUUGACAGCCACUGACGGGGGCAAACCAGAGCUGGAAGGUACAGUUCAGCUGCUGAUCACAGUGCUCGACGUUAAUGAUAACGCCCCAUUGUUUGCCCAGGCCGUGUACAGAGUACACUUACUAGAGACUACAGCAAAUGGAACAUUAGUGACCGCAUUAAAUGCCUCUGACGCUGACGAAGGUGUAAAUGGCGAAAUUAUCUUUUCCUUUGUCAGCGAUGUUCCUCUUAACAUUAAGAAAACCUUCAAAAUAGAUUCCACCUCAGGGGAAAUUAAGUUAAUUGGUAGACUGGAUUAUGGAAACAAAUCCUACGAAAUUCAAGUAAAAGCUGUUGACAAAGGAAGUCCUCCAAUGUCAAAUCACUGCAAGGUUUUAGUGAAAGUGCUGGAUGUAAAUGAUAAUGCUCCAGAAAUGGCUGUCACAUCCCUGUCUUUGCCGGUGAGAGAGGACUCUCCACCCAACACGGUCAUAGCUUUCAUCUCCUUGUCCGACCGAGACUCCGGCGUUAAUGGGCAGAUGACUUGUACCCUGACGCCUCAUGUCCCCUUCAAGCUGGUGUCCACUUUCAAGAAUUACUAUUCCCUGGUGCUGGACGGCACCUUGGACCGCGAGAGCGUGGCGAGCUAUGAGCUGGUGGUGACCGCGCGGGACGGCGGCUCGCCUUCGCUGUGGGCCACGGCGAGCGUGUCGGUGGAGGUGGGCGACGUGAACGACAACGCGCCGGUGUUCGCGCAGCCCGAGUACACGGUGUUCGUGAAGGAGAACAACGCGCCCGGCUGCCACAUCUUCACGGUGUCGGCGCGCGACGCGGACGCGCAGGAGAACGCGCGGGUGGCCUACUCGCUGGUGGAGCGGCGGGUGGGCGAGCGCGCGCUGUCGAGCUACGUGUCGGUGCACGCGGAGAGCGGCCAGGUGUUCGCGCUGCAGCCGCUGGACCGCGAGGAGCUGGAGCUGCUGCAGUUCCGGGUGAGCGCGCGCGACGCGGGCGCGCCGCCGCUGGGCAGCAACGUGACGCUGCAGGUGUUCGUGCUGGACGAGAACGACAACGCGCCCGCGCUGCUGCCGCCGCCGCCGCCGUCGCCCUGGCCGCCGCACGGGUGGGCCGGGGGCGCGGGCGGCGGGGCGGGCGUGGUGGUGGCGAAGGUGCGCGCGGUGGACGCGGACUCGGGCUACAACGCGUGGCUGUCGUACGAGCUGCAGGAGGAGGCGGCGGCGCCGGGGGGCGCGCGGAGCGCGUUCCGCGUGGGGCUGUACACGGGCGAGAUCAGCACGACGCGCGCCCUGGACGAGGCGGACGCGGCGCGCCAGCGCCUGCUGGUGCUGGUGAAGGACCACGGCGAGCCGGCGCUGACGGCCACGGCCACCGUGCUGCUGUGGCUGGAGGACGGCGGCGCGGCGCCCAAGGCGUCUUCGCGGCUGGUGGUGGGCCCCGCGGCGGCGGCGGCGGAGGCGGCGCUGGUGGACGUGCACGUGUACCUGGUGGUGGCGAUCUGCGCGGUGUCGAGCCUGCUGGUGCUGACGCUGCUGGUGUACACGGCGCUGCGGUGCUCGGCGCCGCGCGGCGAGGGCGCGUGCGUGCCCGGGCCGGCCCGGCUGGUGUGCUCGAGCGCGGUGGGCAGCUGGGCUUCGUCUCCGCGGCGGCGGCGGCAGCGGGUGUGCUCUGGGGAGGGGCCGCCCAAGGCCGACCUCAUGGCCUUCAGCCCCAGCCUUUCUCCAGGUGUGAACACGUCGGAAGGAAAUGAACAUCCAGAAACAAAUUCGGAUCUUUGUGGUAAGUUUGCUGAUGCCAACGACUUUGAGUUCUCCUACUUCUAG